CGCUCUCAGAGCGAGCGACCCUGCUGCUCAGGACGGUCACUGCCUGAACUCAUGAAAGAAACCGGCUAACGGAUAGUUUUAAAGUCGGGCUCGUGUGUCCGUGUUUGUUUGUUUUUUUUCACUCUGAGAGUGUUUUGUUAGACAUUUCCAUUCUGGUGCCGAGAAAACGCGAAUUGCUUUGGGAUCGACUCUCAUCUCGAAGUUCCCAAAAUGAACUUCGAUCCAGUGGUCGGAAAACUUUUUGUGGCCGUGGCAUCGCUGCUUCUGGGGCUUGUCUGCCGCGCGGCAGAACCCCCGGCUUCCCAGUGGUCCGGAGAGGAGGGCAGAAACCUCACCCUGCGGCGACUCAGGACAUGUGUCGAGAAUGAGCAAUACCUCAACCAGGGACUCUGCUGCCUGAACUGCAAGGAGGGAACAUUUGUGAAUAAGCCUUGUGAAAAAGAUCUAGAACAAGGAAUCUGUUUGUCCUGCGAGCACGGACAGACCUACACAGAGCACCCCAACGGGAUGACCCGCUGUCUGCCCUGUACACACUGUCGCCAAGAUGAAAUUAAAAUUGCUUCCUGCACCACCACCACAGACACCAAGUGCCAAUGCAGACCUGGUACCUUCUGUGUUCCUGACCAGGCCUGUGAAGUCUGCAAACGCUGUGCCAAGUGCAAACCGGGUGAGGAGGAGGUAAAGAAGUGCACGCCCUUUUCUAACACCGAGUGCCGAAGGCGGGAUCCGUCUCCCACUGAAACCGUCGCACCAAAGCCGCCCGUGGCUCCCAAUGCUUCAACAAAUACCUGGUUUGUUGUUUUAUUGUUUUUAAUCUGCAUCAUGGUCAUUGUCGUUAUUGCAUCCAUUCUGUGGUUCUUAAAGAAGCAGCAUUCGUGUGAUGUACCAUGUUCAAAGACCCCUUGUGACUCCAGUGAAAUUGUAAAGAUUCCCAUUCAUGAGAGUGGAGCAACUGCUGAGGAGAAACAGAACAAUCAGAACGCAGGUUUAGAGGGCGAGGAGCCCCGCCCAGAAUCAAGACCGCUGCUGCAGGAGACCCAGGGGAUGACAAAGCCCUGCCCCCCUCUGGAGGAUGAAGACCGCGGACUUGGCGACAGUUUGCCCAACACCACCAGCUCGUCUCAGACGAGCCUUUCAGCUCUGCCCACAGCUGCCUCCUCUGGCAACACCCCACACCAGAGCCCCUCUGGCUUCAGACAGCUUCCCUCAGACACGGAUGACCCCUUAGGACAUCGAUUGGUGCCACUACUCGGGUCAGAGAGGUCCCUCAGGAAGAGCUUCGACCUGUUCGACGAGUACCUGGACGUCCGGAUCCACAACAAGUUCUUCCGACUCAUCGGCAUCAGCGACAACCACAUCCGCAUCGCGGAGAGCGGCCCCUCUGUUGACAAAGUGUACGAACUGCUGAAGAACUGGAUGCAGAGGCAGGGGCUGAAGGCCGACAUCAACGACCUGUUGGAGGCCUUGCUAAGCAUGGACCAGCGGCGCUCGGCCGAGUGCAUCGCCUACUCGGCCCUCAAGAGGGGCUACUACAAGCACGCGGAAACGCCCUGAAACCCUCGGCCACGGUGAACUGCCAAUGAAGUAAAUGCAUCGCGCUCACCAUCGGCACAAACUACAGCCACACGGACACCGUCGUCGGACACUAUGUCUCCCAAACAGGCUUACCUCCUCUGUGGCUGUUAAGCCAUGCUUUCAAAAAGCCAGUAGUUGUAGAAAAAAAAGAGAAACACAUAUGCGGCAGACUGAUCAGCCGUCUGACGUUGUUGACUACUCGCCUAAUGCUGAAGAUUCACUACGAAAGCAACGCUCGACAACAUUAAAGACAGAAACUAUGUUAAAGUAUGCUUUCUAAAAAAUCCCAAAGGCUUUAGCUUUGUGUUCCGACAGGUUUGGAUGUUCUCGGCUGACGUAAAGAAACGCUCAGCCGGACACUGAAAGCCAGGAGGCGCAGAUAUAUACACUGGUUAGAAGGAGUGGCGUCGCACGUGUCACCAAUACCGUGCCUGUUUAAUGCACUGAUAUGAGGCACAUGUUGAGCAUAAAAACAGGUCAUGUUUCAAUGUGUUCUGAUGAGUCUUUUAGCACACCAUCAAUUCUAGUCCAUGAAUAUUUUUCUCACUAAAAUGGGAAAAUAUUCCCAUACUAACAUCCAUCCCUACUCUUCCAGCUUUUUUAUUUCCAUUUUGUUCCUGAAGCUGUUUUCAUCCCAUCCAGUCGUGUCUUCGGUCUUUAUGUGUUCAGUGUUUUCAAUCUCAAACACUGUUGAAGGAAUUUGCAGGACAUUUCUAUCAGAGCUUUUGUUGAUCGUUUCCUAUUUAUUUUCAUAUUUAUUUAGAAGAUUAUCUCUUUUUAUUUAUACCUUUGCCAAAACGACCCUAAAGAUGCACACAAUCGCCUCGGCGUUGUGACGUCCUUGCAGGGUGAAAACGAUUCGAGAUCCGAUCCUUUCAAUUUCUAAAA